AUGCCCUCUAAUAACCUGACUAAAUUUAUUCUUCUUGGGCUUCCAUUGAGUCCCUGGAUACAAACAUGCAUCUAUGCUGUGUUUCAAUGUGUUUACAUUCUUUCCCUCUUUGGUAACAUAAUUAUUACAGCCACAACCUGCACAUAUCACCAGCUCCAAACACCAAUGUAUUUUCUACUCACAAGUCUGGCUUUCUUGGAUAUCCUAUUUAUUUCUUCCACUGUCCCCAUACUUCUAAGCAUUCUGGUGGGUGGAAAUCAAGUUAUAUCUCUUUCUGGCUGCCUUUUUCAGUUCUAUGUGUAUAUUUCUUUGGGUGGCACCGAGUUCUUCCUGCUGGCUGCAAUUUCACUUGAUCGCUACCUUGCCAUCUGCCAACCUUUAAAGUACAGCGCCAUCAUGACCAGAGACCACUGCUGGAGACUUGCUAUUGGCUCAUGGGUGUUUGGGUUCUUACAAGGCAUCCCAUUUGUGUUUCUCAUAACUCAAUUACAAUUUUGCAGCAGAACUUUAGUCAUUAACCACUUUUUCUGUGAUGCUUCUGCUCUGCUUCAUUUGUCCUGCUCAAAAACACAAGUAGCUAGGAAUAUAAUUUUUGGUUUUGCAUCCUUUACUAUUCUGAGCUCAUUCAUUGCCACUGUAUCCUCUUACUUUUUCAUACUCUUAUCUAUCUAUGGCAUUUCAUCAGCAAGUGGCAGAAAAAAAUUAUUUUCAACUUGCUCCUCACACUUUGUGGUGGUUUCUAUUAGUUAUGGCAGCUGCAUUUUUCUCUAUGUCAGAUUUGGUGAGUCUGGGCCUUCCAGUACAGAGAAAGCUGUGUCUAUCUUUAAUAGUAUUUUCAUUCCAUUUCUUAAUACAUAUAUUUAUACUUUAAGGAAUCAUAUAAUAAAGAAUAUUCUUAAGGGGUUAUGGAGGACGAAUGCGUGGUUUUGUGUCAAAGACUAA